GGGGCCGGAGGGUUCCAGGCGGCCCCGCAGCUGGGAGCGUUGCUCCAGGACCCCCCACACACACAACCAAUCCCCCGCCACGCCCGGGGUGCCCCCUCCCGCCAGGCCCUGCCGGACCAGGCGCGGUCUUCUCGCUGUCACCCACCGUCGUCUCGGGCGGGGAUCGGUGCCCCGGAGCUCAAAGCCUGGCGCGCCCCCCUUUCCCCGUCCCCCCCAACUCCCACCUCCCAGUCCCUGGCGGCGAUGAGACAGAGCGGCGCCUCCCAGCCCCUGCUGAUCAACAUGUACCUGCCAGAUCCUGUCGGAGACAGUCUCUUCAAGGAAGGGAAGAGCCCAGGCUGGGGGCCGCUGAGCCCUGCAGUGCAGAAAGGCAGCGGGCAGAUCCAGCUGUGGCAGUUUCUGCUGGAGCUGCUGGCGGACCGCGCGAACGCCGGCUGCAUCGCUUGGGAGGGCGGCCACGGCGAGUUCAAGCUCACCGACCCGGACGAGGUGGCGCGGCGCUGGGGCGAGCGCAAGAGCAAGCCCAAUAUGAACUAUGACAAGCUGAGCCGUGCACUUCGCUACUACUACGACAAAAACAUCAUGAGCAAGGUGCAUGGCAAGCGCUACGCCUACCGCUUCGACUUUCAGGGCCUGGCGCAAGCCUGUCAGCCGCCACCGGCUCACGCCCACGCCGCGGCCGCCGCGGCGGCCGCGGCCGCAGCUGCCCAGGACAGCGCGCUCUACAAGCUACCCGCCGGCCUCGCCCCUCUGCCCUUUCCCGGCCUCUCCAAACUCAACCUCAUGGCCGCCUCAGCUGGCGUAGCGCCAGCAGGCUUCUCCUACUGGCCGGGCCCGGGCUCUGCUGCCACCGCCGCCGCGGCCGCCACCACCGCGGCGCUCUACCCCAGUCCGGGUUUGCAGCCCCCGGCUGGGCCCUUUGGCGCUGUGGCCGCCGCCUCGCACUUGGGGGGGCAUUACCACUAGACUGGGCAGCCGGGAACGCCUCUCCCACACGCCCAGAGCCUCUCCUGGUCCCAGCCACGUUCCCAGGAGGGGACCUGGCGCCCUGUCCAACAUUCCUUUAAGCCAGUUUUACUCCACCUGGGGGAAGGGACCGGAAGGAAGGCUUGUCAAUCUCCCUCUAACACUAGAUUUGCCCUCACCUCACCCCCUAUUCCCUGGUGGAGGACGAUUGCCUCCACCCCUUGACUUUUAUGUUUCUAGGCCUCCAGAUCUCUUGGACUUCCUCUGCCUUUUGUCCCCUCCACUUGCACCUAGGCCGGGCUCCUAUUGCCUCGUUCAUUAUGAACCCUUAAAAAAAAAAUUCCAAAUCUUUUCUGUUUUUCUGUCCUCCACGGAACUGCUCCGCACCCAGCACGGGAAGGCCUUUCGCAGUCCUCCUUUCCAGGAUCUCAGAGGAUUUGGUAAGGGCCACUGGCCCUCAUGACAUACGGCCUCCCUUCCCCCAGACCCCACACUCGGGCAGGAGGGCCCAGUGUGCUUCUGUUCCCGUCUA